AUUUGUUGAUUCUAAAACUUGGAUAGACAAGACUUUUGUCAAGUAGUGAAUAGUAUUUACUUAUUGCAGUUUAACACUGUUUUUUUUUCAUGUGGACACAGAGCUCAAUAUUGAAAUAAUUAAAGUGUAUGUCAUUGUUUACAAGUUUCAUUGUUUAAAAUGUCAAAUAAUUCAUUUGGUGUGUAGUUGUCGAGACAAUGACAACAUUUGGCUGGUCGACCACAAGCAGCAGAAAACAAAAAAGCAUUUGGACAAGACGAUGAUGCGCAUUCCAUCUUAAUUGAUUCAUAUAUCAUGCCAUGUUUGGUUAUGACCUCGGCAUGUUUGAGUGUGUGCGCGUGUUAUAUAAAAGCAGCGCUCAGAGUGUGUGUUUACAGCGAGCAGACAGAAUGCUAUUCUACGCACUGCUGGUUCUCGGGAUGCCCACUGUCUGGGCUCAGCUGUACCCCAUCCCUCCAACCUGCUACACCAAAGUCCUGAACAUGGGCAGAGAUAUCACGCAGAGGGCGGCAGAAAUUAAACAAGACUAUGACACUCACAGAUGCACCGCUCACCUGCCGGACCUGUACAUUGAUGUGCAUAAUGCUUGUGUGAUGUCUGCGAUGAACACGUAUCUGUCUAUGCUGAGCGAUCUGAGAGAACGCAGAUGUGGCUACAACAGGAAAGUGAAGAAUCUUAGUGCUGCUAUCAGACAACUAUACUUCAUCAUCUCACAGAAAUGUCACGGGGAAUUGGUUUUCACUCAUGAUAACUGUGAAGCUUUGCACCGCAGACCAUGGAGAGGCUGAAAUCACCUCAUGCAGGACUGCAGGACAUUGUGGAUGGAUGGAGCACGAUUGUACAUAAAUCAUAAAUCAGCUUUUUACUUAUUGUGGAAACAGAUGUUAUUAAUUGUAUGAUUAUAACAGAAAUGAUUGAGCAGAUGGAUCAAAUAAUCAAUUUUCUUACGUUUAAACAUGAUUGUUUGCACCAUAAUUACCAUUGUGUGAUUUUAUGACAAAAAUGUUUUUAAUAAUGUAACGUUUUUAUUGCAUGUUUAUUAAAAUAAUAUCCUGGCAUUUGAAAUAAACAUUCAUUGAAAGACAAGGAUUUUCAA